AUGUUUCCUUCAAAUUUUAUGAAUGUUAUGAAAAAGAUCCAAAUAGGAGUAACGACUGAGCCCGGAGCUGGGAAUAAUACCAACGAACCAACAGAUGGCGGAACGACUUUCGGAAAAUUAAAGCAAACCAUCUCGUCAUCUCUACUUACCGCACAAGAUAAAGUAACGAAAAUGGCCCCUAGACCUUCUUUAAUACCAGACGUUCAAGAAACGAUCACCCCCAACGAAGAAAAACCCUCAACGGAUACCGCCGCUCAAUCUCAGACCGCUUCUUCGGCGCCCACAGCGAAUAAAAAUGAACCGGGUAAACCUCCAAGUAGAGCCGGAGCUUGCCGCGUUUGUUUGAAAGCUUUCAAGCAGGACGAUUUCAGUAGGACUUGCGCAGAAUGCACGCAACGAGUUUGCGAGGACUGCGCGAGUUAUAGCAAACUCAAGGAAAACGAGGAUCCGGCUGAUUGGACCUGUAGCGUUUGUAGAAGGAAGCUUCAAUCGAAAGCGGCCUUCAUAGCACAGGAUUCGAACGAGAGUUUAUUAGAAAUUCCACUCCAGGAGCUGCAGCGUCGGCAUUCGGAGGCCAGGUUGGGAUCCGGGAGCGGAGGCGGAGGCGCUGGGGGUCUCAGUGUCGGGGGUUUGGGAAGUGGAUUGGCGCCCCCUCGGAGUCCGGAGCUGCGGAGGCAUUCCGACGUGUCUCCGGCUUCGCUGAAGGAGCUUGAAAAAUUGAAAGGUACCGGUGCCAAAACCCCCGAUCCUGAUUGGACACGCAACCGAACGGGACGCAGCGCAGCGUGUAGUCGACAAAACAGUCCCCCGAGGGAAAUCCCGGCUGUAGCACCAGUUGCUCCACGGUCCAGAAGGGCCUCGAGGGUAGCCAGACAGCACAGCUACGACGAAGAGGUGAAAAACACUCCAGGCGGUCCAACUGACAACGGGCUCGGAUUACCGGCGCCCAUGCCCAGAAGGGCAUCGGCCUACGACGUAUUCUCAGUGCCUGGGUUGAGUACAGUAACAACGGCACCUACAGGAGCUAUGACUAGAAGAGCUUCGUUUAGAAUAGCGCCCGCUCAGGAACCUGGAAGUCCUCCGAGCCCUGACGCUCCUCCCGCUUCACUAAUAGCCCCAGAAGAAGACAGAAGAACUAGAAGAAGAGGAUCAUAUCUUCCUGAUAUCCCUGGUAUUCGUUCUAUGGCACCAAGACCUACACCGGCGUUGGAGGAUUUGGAAGCCGCUCCGAGGAGGCAACAAUCCGUGGACGCAGAGGCCAUUCGAAUAGUUAUACACGACGUGGAUUCGGGAACAUCGGCUGCAGCUCAGAAACGUGUCGUUUUGAGGAGAGAUCCAUCGGAUAAGGCGCACAGAACCCGUGGCUUCGGAAUGCGUGUAGUGGGAGGAAAAACCGCUCCUGAUGGUCGUUUAUUCGCUUAUAUCGUUUGGACCGUCCCCGGCGGACCCGCCGAAAAGGGUGGUUUGCAACAGGGCGACAAGGUGUUAGAAUGGGGCGGCGUGUCACUUAUCGAUCGUUCGUUCGAAGAGGUCUGUGGUAUUAUGGACCGUACGGGUGAUACCGUCGAAUUACUCGUAGAGCACGCCACCGAUCUCCGAAUGUGCGAUCUGCUCGACGACCCGAUUCCCCCGCCUACUACGAUUAUAACCGGAAGAAAAGCUUCGGACGCCAAUAUAUCUGCUCUACAUAUAGAACCUGAGACAGACAAGGCGCCAUCUUCUCCAACAAGGCGAAAACUACCAAAAACACCGGAACAACUGGCAAGAGAAAGGUGCGUGUCUGGAAGAAUUCAAAUUCAAAUAUGGUACCACGACGAAAGAAAAGAAUUAGUAGUGGCCGUUUUAGCCGCCGAUGAUUUGGGAUGUAGAGACGAUAGUUUAGGAUACGGAUCCGUUCCCGAAGCCUAUGCUCGAUUAUGCUUACUACCUCUCACAUCUGAAGAGCACUGCGUUCAAACGGAAGUAGCCCCGGCAAGUCAAAACCCCAUUUGGAACGCGAACUUGAGCUUUCCGAACGUUCCGGGAGACGAAUUAAUGGAACGCGUUCUAGAAAUAACUUUAUGGGAUUUAAUACCGCACAACGAACACGCCUUUUUAGGCGAAUGCUCCGUCGACAUACAAAAAGUUUUCUUGGACGAUAGAGCUGUUUGGUGUAGAUUGGAAGAUCCCAGACAACUCCGAGGUAAAUCGCCGCAUACUUCUCCUAGGGGAUCGAUCGUCGGAGCCGGAAAACGGAACGAUUUCGGCAAUCAACGUAGUGUAUCGGACGACGUCGAUUCGAUAGGAGAAUGCGCGAGUCUACUGCAUCCGGAUCACGCUUGGGGUUCCAGAAGAGGUUCGUCCCAAUCGGAACAAUUGGAAGUGGAAGUUUAUGAAUUAGGAAAGGAUUUUUCGAGAUCCCUUCCCGGUUCUAGAAGAUCUUCGUUCCAAUCGGCGCAAGAGCAACAAGAAGCCGAGCGAGCCGCGGUCCCUCCGCCGGCGUCUUACAGUAGAGAUCGAAGGAGAAGCAGUUGCACCAGGAUGCUGAGAGAUCCCGAGGAAAUUUUGAAGAGCCUAAAAGCUGUGAAAGGAGAAUUAGGAAGGACCAUGAGUUUAACUGGGGAUAAAAGACAUAGACGUUCGAGUGGUGCUUCGGAGCGUCGGGAUUCUCGUAAAGAAAGCGUUAUAGAAUUGAACGAAAGUGCUAAGGAAAUAAGCCCGCCUUCGAGUCCCGAACGCACUUCGCCGCCACAAUUGGGACCGGGCCAAAUAAAACCCCGAGGAUUCCGACUUUCGAGCACAAAACCGGUCGAAAUCAAAUUGGGAUUGCUCAUGACCAAAGGACAAUUGGAGGUCGAAGUCGCGUGCGCUAGACACAUACCCGCCAAGGACAUUCUACCGGAUACUUACGUGAAAUGUUACUUGAGAGACGGCGAUCGUUGGCUGCAGAAGAAAAAGACCAGAGUGAUAAAGCACAGCUGCGAACCCCAGUUUCGACAAACCUUGAAAUAUCAAGCUUGCGAUGUUCUAGGUAGAAGUCUGGUCGUUAUGUUAUGGGAAAGACAAGGCGGUUUCGAACACAAUCAAGGUCUAGGUGGCGCCGAAGUAGCUUUAGACGCCAUCACUUUGACGCAUUUAACGACUGGAUGGUAUCCGUUGUUUCCGAUUCAUUCGCUCGGAUCGGAUUCCAACGAUUCGCCUUGACCUGCGGCUGACAGUCCGCCGGAGAGUUUUGCUGAUUAGGAUCUUUUCGAUAUUUAUUUGGUUAUUGGUUGAU